GAAUGGAGCCCCCGCGCGCGCCGGCUCUGCGCCGCCUGCUACCGCCGCUGCUGCUUCUGCUGCUGCCACUGCCCCCGCGCGCCCGGGCCAAGUACGUGCGGGGCAACCUCAGCUCCAAAGAGGACUGGGUGUUCCUGACAAGAUUUUGCUUCCUCUCGGAUUAUGGACGGCUGGACUUCCGUUUCCGAUACCCUGAGGCCAAGUGCUGUCAGAACAUCCUCCUCUAUUUCGACGAUCCAUCCCAGUGGCCAGCCGUGUACAAGGCAGGGGACAAGGAUUGCCUGGCCAAGGAGUCAGUGAUCAGGCCUGAGAACAACCAGGUCAUCAACCUCACCACCCAGUAUGCCUGGUCAGGCUGUCAGGUGGUGUCAGAGGAGGGAACUCGCUAUCUGAGCUGCUCCAGUGGCCGAAGCUUCCGUUCAGUGCGUGAAAGGUGGUGGUACAUUGCGCUUAGCAAGUGUGGGGGAGAUGGGCUGCAGCUGGAGUACGAGAUGGUCCUCACCAAUGGCAAGUCCUUUUGGACGCGGCAUUUCUCGGCUGAUGAGUUUGGGAUCCUGGAGACAGAUGUGACUUUCCUCCUCAUCUUCAUCCUCAUCUUCUUCCUUUCCUGUUACUUUGGAUAUUUGCUGAAAGGUCGUCAGUUGCUCCACACAACUUACAAAAUGUUUAUGGCCGCAGCAGGAGUAGAGGUUCUCAGUCUCCUGUUUUUCUGCAUCUACUGGGGCCAGUAUGCCACUGAUGGCAUUGGCAACGAGAGCCUGAAGAUCUUGGCCAAGCUGCUGUUCUCCUCCAGCUUCCUCAUUUUCCUGCUGAUGCUCAUCCUUCUGGGGAAGGGAUUCACAGUGACACGGGGCCGCAUCAGCCACUCAGGCUCUGUGAAGUUGUCUGUCUACAUGACCCUGUACACUCUUACCCACGUGGUGCUGCUCAUCUAUGAGGCCAAGGUUCUUUGCAGUUCCUGUCAUGGCCCUGAUUGCCAACUUCGGGAUCCCCAAGUGGGCACGGGAGAAAAUUGUCAAUGGCAUCCAGCUGGGCAUCCAUUUGUAUGCGCAUGGCGUGUUCUUGAUCAUGACACGCCCCUCGGCGGCCAACAAGAACUUCCCCUACCACGUGCGCACGUCGCAGAUAGCCUCGGCCGGUGCCCCGGGUCCCGGGGGGAGCGAAUCGGCGGACAAGGCCUUCCCGCAGCACGUCUAUGGGAACGUGACGUUCAUCAGCGACUCGGUGCCCAACUUCACGGAGCUCUUCUCCAUUCCCCCGCCCGCCUCCUCCGCCGGGAAGCAGGUGGAGGAGACGGCGGUGGCGGCGGUGGCGGCCCCGAGGGGCCGCGUGGUGACCAUGGCCGAGCCCGGCGCGGCCUCCCCGCCCCCUCCCACUCGGUUCCCCAAGGCGGCCGACCCGAGCCGGGAUGGCCCGACGCCGUCCUACCAGCCUCUCGUGCCCCAGACGGCGUCGCCGCACACCGGCUUCACCGAAUACUUCAGCAUGCGCACGGCCGGGGGCACUGCACCCCCGGUCUGACACCCCUGCCCACCCCUGCCCCAUGGGCCGCGCGCCGGGCCCCUGCCGGGCCCCGGCCCCUCUCUUCAUCCCGGCCCCAGGGCUGGGCUAUCCCAGGCCUUCCUGACCCUCCCCACCCCGCGCGCCCAGGUAGGGGUGCGAGGUGUCCCGCUCCCCCCACCCCCCGACUCUUGUGCCAAACGGUCCCGCGGGAGCCGCUCUCCCCGUCCCCUCCCUCAGCCCCUGCCCCGAGCGGCGCCGGAUUCUGGGCUCCCGCUGUUCCGUGACCUCCGGCCCCCUGGCCCCCUCCGAGACCUCUGACCCCGUCGGAACCCGGAACACCAGUGAGGAUCGCCGGGACCCUGCCCAUGGGGCGCUCCAGGAGGACUCCACGACCCUGUGCCACUGCUCCCGGGACGGAUAUUGUGAAGCUCGUCUAGACUCUGAAGCCUUCCCUUAGAUCUCUGCGACCUCGGACCCGUGUUCUGUCCACCCCGAUCUCCAUCCUGGGGGCCUCCCUCAGGUCCCCGGCAGAAAGACUUUUAUCCCUUCUUGCCAAAAUAAAGAAGAUUC